AUGUACAUCACUUCUUCUUCCAAUAUUUCUUCCUAUAACACUGUCAAUCCGUUUGGACAGCAGCAUAUCUUACUAAAUCACCAUCAUCGGUUCAACCAACAUGUAGGCCCAAACUCAUCGUCGACGACGACAACAACAACAACAUCAUCAACCUCAUCCUAUAAGCUAAAGAGGAUAGACGAGCCUGAGGGGAACAAUAAUUGUGCCUCUGAGACUUUAAACAAUUUUGAAUUGGAUGACAUCAAUACCUUUGAGAUCAAGACUACCAAUAUUAGAGACCAUAUCAAUAAGUUUGUCUAUAAUCAUGGAGUGGAGAAAGAGUUCUAUUUUCUAGAGAAGAGGACAGAGAAGGAUCUAUUACAUGGAGACUUUAGAACUGCUUUGAAAGAAGAGAAUAAGAUGAAGAAUAGAUAUAUUAACGUCUUGCCAGUUGAACCACAUAGAGUUAGACUUUCUGUAGACUCUGAUGAUGAAUCAGAGGGAUCAGACUAUAUCAAUGCCAGUUACAUUAACGACCCACUCAGUAAGAACAAAGAGAAAAAGUAUAUUUGUACACAGGGACCCUUGGAGAACACAUUUAACGAUUUCUGGAAGAUGGUCUGGGAGGUAAAGAGUAACAUCAUUGUGAUGCUGACCAAGGAGGAGGAGAGCAACAUAAAGAAAUGCGACAGAUACUGGAUAGACGCCGGCUCCAAGGACUAUGGAAACAUUAGAGUCCAAUUCGACACAAGCAUAGUUUUACACGAGUUCAUCCAACGAUACUUUACCUUAGAGAAUUUAAAGACUAAAGAGAAACGUAGAAUCAUCCACUAUCAAUAUAUCGCAUGGCCUGACCAUGGUACACCAGUUUCAAUCAAGGAGUUUCUAAACCUGAUAGCGGCUGUCGAGAAGGAACCAAAGACAGGCCCUAUUAUUGUACAUUGCAGUGCUGGAAUCGGAAGAUCUGGUACAUUUUGUGUUAUUCAUUCAGUGGUCACCAACUCGAUUAGUGGCGGAGGUGCAGACAGCAACGUUGUCACACUAAACAUUCCAAAGAUUAUCGCCAAUUUCAGAAGUCAGAGGCCAGGCAUGGUGCAGAAUAAGGAACAAUACAGGUUCUGCUACCUUGCUAUUGCCGAGGGCACCACUUCACUGGAGCAACUUCGCAAGGGAAGGAGAUCACUUUCAUACUCAAUAAAC